AUGCCAACCACACUAACAACAAGUAGAAGAAACAACCUCAAACGCCUCAACUAUCUAUGUUUCUCAACUUUCAUACAACCUCAACCUCCUCCUACAAAAUCACUUCUCCAACAAAAACAACACCAAAUUGAUCCCAACCGUCCAUCCCUCUCCACCGCCACUGCCACCGCCACGUCAUCAAUCAUGAUAAAAAACUUCAACACUCUCUACCACCACCACCACCACCACACUACCUCUCCCGAACCUAACUCCGAACCAGAACCUCAACCCGCCGACUUCGCCACCGCAUUCGCCUCCAACCGUUUCUUUUUCUCCUCCCCCGGCCGCUCAAACUCCAUCGUCGAAUCCACCUCGUCAUCCUCCUCCUCCUCUUCAUUAAUCUCCACCGCUCCAUCCGACAAAAAGAAACCAAUUUUCAACGGAAGCGUCGCCGUGCCAACAUACUCACCGGAUCCUUACAUGGACUUCCGACGGUCAAUGCAAGAGAUGGUGGAAGCGCGACCGGAGUUGAUGAACGACAUCAAAUCCAACUGGGAUACAUUACACGAGCUUCUUCUUAGCUAUCUCGCGCUCAACCCGAAGAACACACACAAAUUCAUUCUCGGUGCUUUCUCUGAUCUUAUCGUUACUCUCAUGUCAUUCUCUUCUUCAAAUUCUUCAAAUUCUUCAAAAUCUUCAUGUUCAUAUCCACCGCCGCCGCAGAUUCUCAACGACGGCGGUGGCCGUGGCGGUGGAUGUUAA